AUGGAACACGACGAGAUGGGAUGUCAGCCUCCUCCCGAAGGCCCUAUUUUGUGCGUCAACAACUGCGGCUUCUUUGGCAGCCCAGCGAACAUGAACAUGUGCUCAAAAUGCUACAAAGACACCAUCUUGAAACAACAACAGCCCAAAGUCGUCUCCACGUCCAUCGAAGGCAUCAUCAACGGGGGCUCACUCCUCACUCCCAUCCUCCAAAAUCCCAAGCCCGAGUCCAGCAAAUUGAAGGAAACACCUGGCCUGUCGGCGGGCAAUGAUGGUAAUUUGAAGUCUAUCGAGGCUAAUAAGACGAGGAGUGAGGGCCCAAAUAGGUGCACUUCAUGCAGGAAACGGGUCGGGCUCACGGGCUUCAAGUGCAAGUGUGGGGACCUAUUCUGUGGGACCCACCGCUACUCUGACAAGCACGACUGCCCGUUUGACUACCAGGCUGCUGGCAAGGAUGAGAUUGCAAGAGCCAAUCCGGUCGUUAAGGCGGAAAAACUCGACAAAAUUUAG